CCAUAUCCGGUUAAACGUUGUUGUUCGUUGCUUCGGUCAACUUCACGACAGUCUUUACCCAGUAAUCAGUUUUAACUGUUUAAAUCAGAGGAAUGAGGGGUUCAGCGUUGGAUUAAAGCACGCAUACAUAUUUACUUUAAACGCUAAUAAUGGAAAUCCUGAACGUAGCGAGUCGGGAGAUCGUCCCUGUUCUCCCUCUCUCUGCCCUGCGUCUGGUUGUACCUCCUCUCCGGCUGAUGUCAGCAUUUUUAUGGCAGGUGAUUCAGCGUCGUAAUGUGACACAGUAUGGAAAGUUCGAGCAGUUUGUGAUGCUUGUGAUCGAGACCGUUCCAGACAUCAUGAGCCGAAGUCUGGUUAAUAAACUCAUCUUUUGCCUGCGGAAAAAAGUGAUUCUGGAGCUUUGUCUGAAAGAUAAAACGCCAGAUCUCUGGAUUAUUCAGGCACAUUUGGAUUCUCUUCGAAACCUAACACAUAAAUGUAAAGAUGUAGAAAGUGAGAUCAUCAAUAACAAAUUUAUUAGAAUGGUGCACAGCAUCUUAGAAAGUACAGAAAAGAAAGAAGAGUUUAUCCAGCAUGUCUUUCCUCUAGAAUAUGGGCCUGGAUAUGAUGCAGUAGUACAAAGCCUUGCAUGGGACUUCCUGUCUGGAGUGGAGGAUCUGCUACCUGUGCCCAACCUUAAAGAGACAGCCUCGCGGUUAUGUGGCGGUCUGUCUAUGAUGGAGGAGAUUGUGCAGCCGCUUUCAGAUCCAGCUGAAAUCAAGGAUGUGCUCCAACACUUUAAAACCAGAAGACUCCACAACAGACACAACGAACAACCACAGAGAGUUAUAAGUGAAAUGUCAAUUCCUUCAGGAACUGAAGUAGUUUGUUUGCCUCAUCCGGUCGAACAAGAGACAGUCUCACAAGAUUUUACCAUUGAACACGAGGAAAGUUUGCCUCCCACUUCCAUUGCACAAGAGACUUUUAUUAUUGAAUCUUCAGGAACAGAGAUCCAAACAGAAUCUGAUCACGCAUCCAUCACAGUAUUGAGUCCCUCUCAGAGUUAUACAGAGGAAGCUGAACCUUUAGCUGACAGCGAGGAGUUUACAGCCGUAGCCACCACUGAAGAAGUGGAGAAUGGUUUACAAGAAGAGACCCUUGAUGAAGAGAAGGAUUCAGAGAUUUGUGAAGUCCAGCAGAUCUACAUCACUGCGGACGGCUCCACCGUGGUUGUAUCCGAGUUGGAAAAUGAGGGGGAGGAGACCCAACUGCAGUUUCUGGAACAACCAGAUAUGGCAGAAACUGCUGGUGUGAGGCAGGUCAGUUUAGAGCAGUGGAUCUCCGAGUUAACAGGAAAGGGCAUCUCUCUACCGGUCUUGCCUCCGAAUCCAGUUGAGAUCGUAAGGGAGGAGAUGAUCUACGUUCCUGUCAUAGAAAGACCUCCGUCUGUAAAGUCCAUCAUUCACAGAAAGACCAGUCCACCUAGAAUCACAUUUGCCAAAAAGCAAUCGGCCGCAACGACUGAAUCCCAGACAGCACAGGAAGAAAAAAGACACGCGUGUUCAGAGUGCCACAAAGAGUUUCGCUUUGAGUGUCUUCUGAGGAAUCACAUGCGCACUCACACAGGCGAGCGCCCAUUCCAGUGUUCGGACUGCGGAAAAAGCUUUAGGUGCUUGAGCUUCCUGACCAAUCACAUCAAAACCCAUUCGGUCACCAGACCUUUCAAAUGCACGCAGUGCAUCAAGACUUUCCGCAAGAAAGCAGACCUCAUCAAGCACAUACGGGUGCACACGGGCGAGAAACCAUACAAGUGCACCAUCUGUGGCAAGAGCUUUUCCCAGGGCUCGUACUUAAAGAUUCAUCGCGAAUGCCACACCUCGGAAAACCUCCACCAGUGCCCUCACUGUGACAAGAGCUUCCCGACAGCAUUUAAGCUAUCCAUCCAUGCCCGCUAUCAUUCCAUGGAGCGCUCAUACCAGUGUAACCAGUGUGGGAAAAGUUUCAUUUACGCCAGUCUCCUCAGACGACACAAAGGUUAUCACGCAGGCGAGCGGCAGUACCUGUGCUCCAUCUGCGGCAAGUCCUUCGUGUACAUGUUCGACCUGAAAAAGCAUCAACGUAACCACGAAAGACCCAGGAUGAAAAUCCCGUGCACCCUUUGUCACAAGACUUUUGCAGGACCGGAGAUGCUAAGGUGCCACCUGCGUAUACACACGGGGGAGCGUCCGUUUCGUUGCAAGAUGUGCGGAAAAGCCUUCUCGCAGAUCGGUAACAUGAAGAGACACGAACGCGUUCACACGGGCGAACGUCCGUUCACCUGCGAGAGAUGUGGAAAGACUUACAAGCACUCUUCUCACCUAAAGAACCACAUGCUUAGCCACACGGGCGAGCGGCCGUGGCAGUGCUCGCAUUGUGGGAAGAGCUUUAAGUUCGCCGGGCCUCUGAAGAAACACGAGAGAAUCCACCUGGACGAGCGUUCGGAUCGCAAAAGGAGCUUUGACCAAACCCGCGGUCGCAUGAAACUCGAACCCAAAAGCCCUUGAUAUUGCAGGGCAAUCUGCUGUUUAAACAUGACUAUUUCGUUUUUUUAUAAAAAAGUCAUGUAUCUGGUCAAACUUGUAAGAUCAUUUGUUCAACCAGGCUUUCUUAUGCUAAAUAGUAUAAAUACAUUUACAGAAAAAACUUGUAUAUAAUAGAAAUUUGUAGUUUGUGACAUUUCUGGACUUGUAUGUUGGUAACAUUUAUGUUCUUUCAUUUCAGUAAGGAUGUUGAAAUAUGUUGUCAUUUGGUAUCAUGGUGUCUCAAUCAUGUUAAAUGGGUCAUUUCAACAAACAAUUAAAUAAAUAAUCAAUUUAUUGUAACAGGAAAA